ACAAGCUCAUUUGCUUAAGCCUAUCCAUGCUGCUUCAAUGAGAUGCACAAUGCUCUUGGUAAUGCAUCUCUUUGUACUUUUGGCACUUUACCUGUUUCAUCCAGUCAGCAGUUCAAAUGUGGUGUUCAGAAAUAAUGGCUAUGAAAAUGUAGUUAUCGCAAUCCACCCUGAAGUAACAGAAAGUGAUGAUAUUAUCACAAAAAUACAGGCUAUGAUAAUUGAUUCGUCUUCAUAUUUAUUCAAAGCAACGAGACAAAGAGCAUACUUCAGGGAUGUAAAGAUCCUAAUUCCUUUAACCUGGAUAAACAAGCCAGCUUAUCAGAGACCAAAGAGAGAAACAUUUGAUAAUGCUGAUGUAGUUAUUGCAGAACCGUACAGGAAAUAUGGAGAUGAUCCCUACACUUUGCAGUAUGGAGGAUGUGGAGAAACAGGAAGAUAUAUCCAUUUAACACCAAAUUUCCUAUUAAAUGACACAUUGCUUAAUGCCUAUGGACCAAGAGGAAAUCUGCUGGUCCACGAAUGGGCUCACCUUCGAUGGGGAGUAUUUGAUGAAUACAAUGCGGACAGACCCUUCUACAGAUCAGGAACUGGAGAUAUUGAAGCAACCAGGUGUUCUACUGACCUUAAAGGAGUACUGGCAUGCAGGGGAACCUCUUGUAUAUGUAACACAGAUAUAGCCACAGGGCUACCAGAUGAAGAGUGCGUGUUUCUCCCAGACAAAACACAAAGUACACCAUCAUCAGUAAUGUAUCUUCAAGGAUUACCUUCUGUAGUAGAUUUCUGCGACAACAAAACACACAAUUCUGAAGCUCCGAACCUACAGAAUCGAAUGUGCAAUUAUCGAAGCACAUGGGAGGUGAUCAUCAGUUCAAAAGAUCUUAAUGACACCGCACCAAUGACUAGUGUUCCAUUACCACCAGUGGUGACACUGUUACAAGCUGGUGACAGAGUUGUUUGUUUAGUGCUUGACGUCUCCGGAAGUAUGGGUGGUUAUAACCGAAUACAAAGGCUGAAACAGGCAGGAGAAGUUUUCUUGCUGCAGAUUAUCGAAACAGGAUCAUAUGCUGGUAUUGUUGCCUUUGAAUCAUCUGCAUCUAUUAGGAAAAACCUGCUGCUUAUAGACAGUGAUACAAGUCGAAACAAUCUUGUAGCAGCCCUGCCUACAUCAGCAGGUGGUGGGACAAAUAUCUGCAGAGGAGUUCUCAAAGGCUUUGAGGUUCUCAAGCAAGUAGCCGGAGGAACAAGUGGAAAGGAAAUUGUGUUGCUGACUGAUGGAGAAGACGGUGGUAUACCAAAUUGUUUUCCACAAGUACAGAACAGUAGUUCCAUUAUCCACACAAUUUCACUAGGACCAAAUGCUGAUAAGGAACUUGAACAGUUGGCAGACAUGACUGGUGGGCUUAAAUACUAUGCCACUGAUAAUCUUGACUCUAAUGGUUUAAUUGAUGCUUUUAGUGGAAUAUCAUCUUCAAAUGGUAAUCUUUCCCAACAGUCCAUUCAGCUUGAAAGCAAUGGUCUUGCUGUUAACACAAAAGAAUGGCUUAAUGGCACGGUGUCAAUAGAUAAAUCAGUUGGAAAGGACACUUUCUUUGUGAUCACCUGGCAAUCUUCGGAACCAGACAUCUAUGUGCAAACUCCCAGUGGAACAAUGUACACAAUGAAAGACUUUAAAAAAGAUGCUACUUUAAAAACAGCUCGUCUUCAAAUACCUGGAACUGCAGAGACAGGAGACUGGAUUUAUUCAUUUUACAAUAAGCACAGCAGCAGACAGACUCUUGGUAUCACAGUAACAUCUAGAGCAGCAGAUAACAACAUUCCACCUAUCACUGUUAAUGCUCAUAUGAAUGCAGACACAAGUUAUUUUCCUGCUCCAAUGGUGGUUUAUGCUGAAGUCAGUCAAGGCUUUCUACCUGUUAUUAAAGCAACUGUAAUAGCUACAAUUGAACCAGAAUCUGGAAAACCAGUUUCCUUGGAACUCUUUGAUAAUGGUGCAGAUCCAGAUAUUGCAAAGAAUGAUGGAGUUUAUUCAAGAUAUUUUACAUCUUUCAAUGGAAAUGGUCGCUACAGUUUAAAAGUUCGAGUUCAAGGAAAGAAGACCACCAGGCUAGCAAAUCGGAGGCAGAAUCGUGCUGCAUACAUACCAGGAUAUGUUGACAAUGGUGAAAUCCAGUUUAAUCCAUCAAAGCCACCUGUUGAUGAUGAUGACCUUAAUGUCGAUGUAGGCAGCUUCAGCAGAACAUCUUCAGGAGGAACAUUUUCUGUAACUGGAGUUCCACCUGGACCGCUCCCAGACAACUUUCCACCUAGUAAAAUUAUUGAUCUUGAAGCUGAAAUUAAAGAAGACACAUUCAUCUUGACAUGGACUUCACCAGGAAAUGACUACGAUCUUGGGAAUGCUUCUGAUUAUGAAAUAAGAAUGAACAAGAACCCGCUGACCUUGAGAAAUGACUUCAACAAUUCAGAACAAAUUAACACUUCACACAUUAUACCCCUUCCUGCUGGGAGCCAAGAAGUCUUUUCUUUCCAACUUGAAAAUGUUGUAAUAGAAAAUGGAACUAUUCUCUACUUUGCUGCACGUGCUUCUGAUGAGGCUGCAAACAAGGCAGACAUAUCUAAUAUUGCACAGGCAGCAAUGAUUAUUCCAAGUGAUCCAAUUAUUCCAAGUGAUCCCGUCGAAGAGAUUCGUAUUGGUGUUAACAUUGCUGUGCUUGUUGCGAUAGUAGCAGGAUCUUUAAUUCUGGUACUAAUUAUUGUAAGUGCAAUUGUAUGUGGUAUAAAUAGCAAAAGAAAAAGAACAUCACCCCAAGCUGCAUGAAUGCAGAGAUAAUAUAACAAGAAUUAUUCUAAAAAACAUAUAUUACUUUGAAGCAUGAUAUCAAUACUCUAAAACACGUAGAAACAUCUGUUUGCUAGAAAAAUGCAUUUGACUUAUCUUGUACUAUUCUAUUCUUAUAACCCUGCAUAACUAAUCUGACAUAAUUAAGACUAAUUCUAUUAAUGCAAUGCAUUGGUAUUUUGUAUUUUCAACCAAGAUAUGUGCCUUGUCUCUUAACACAUAUUUAUCAUUUUAAUAAACAGAGAAUAUGUGCUAAGUGCAGCAAAAUGUUACUUAUUUUUUGUUUGACAUUUGUUAACUGGGUUAGUCUGGCUGGGCAGAAGGCCUUUUUCAGCAGAGACCCGAGGAGAAAAGCUCCAGUAUUACAUUACUAGAUAUUAAUUUACAAAGAAUGGCAACUUUCCUUGGAUGCGUUCAGUGCUCCCGGUUUAAACGAGAACUGCAACAUCGCUGCAGUUUUAAAAUUACGUAGUUAUUUGCGAUAGAGGAACUUACCACUGACAUGGUGUUUUUACG